GGGCAGCAGCGCGCGCACUACGACGGGUCGCGUCUAUGUGACGUCAAGCGCGUGAACUUUGAAAAUAAGCGCGAGGAGGAAGCGACGCGCGAAUCAGGAGUUUUCGCUGUUUUAUCGAUAAACAAACAAAUAAAACUAAACGCGUCUUUGAUAUACCUCAUCAUGUCGCUCCUGACGCCGUACAGUAAAGUCCCCGAGCUGAACACCGCCACUGUCCUCUUGGUUGAAAAUGAAGAGGAGCUUCAGUCCAAACUAGCCGACGCCAUAGUGCAAUGUGAGAAAGAGUUCACCGUCAAUGUGCGGCUGGCCAGAAAACUCCCUCUGCCCGUCGAGAACAAGAAAACUCGUCCGCGUAUUGAUUUGAUCGUGUUCAUAAUCAAUCUGCUGUCCGAGCGCAGUCUUCAGUCAGCCGAGAGCUCUCUCAGUCAUCUGCACUCAGACUGUUUCCUGGGGAAGGUGUGUUUCCUGGUCACUGAUGCUCGCUGUGGCUCUCACACUCAGGAGCGAAUGGUCAGCGUGAGAAAACUGGCUGCUUCACAUCAGUGUCCCGUCCUCUGCGCUGAGCACAGGACGGCAGAUGGCGUGAACGCAGCAUCUGUGCGGAUCCUCAACAUUCUGAAGGUGUCAGCGGGAAUGUCGCCCAUAGCAACCACCGCCCUCUAUCUGUCCUCACUGACCCGCUGCUCUGUGACCUCUGACCUCGAAGACGACUGACCACCAAUAAGACGAAUUAGUUACUUUAAGAACAACAUUAAGACUCGGUUCAUUACUUUGAAUUUCCACCAGGGAAAGACAAGUUGCAGAUAAUCUCGCAGGAUUGCAGAAUAGUUCAGGUGGGUGUAAGAAAUCGGACUUUAUUGUCUGCUGUGUGUUAUUAUGGCUGGCUGUCUCUCAUAUUCACUCUUUUACUGAAUUAGUAAAACCUCCAAACCAGCAGGGGGAGCCAUUGGGUAGCUAAUGGGUCUCUCCUAAAUAAUUACCCCUCUACAAUAUUUAUGAAUAAAAUAUUUGAAUUUUUAA